AAGUGUAAAAACAAAAUCUUGUCAUUCAUAAAAAAAAAACAAAAACCCAAUCUUUUCUUUUGACGGAAGCCAAAAAAUCAAAUCUUUUUUCUAUAUCUUUAGUCAAAAACACAAUCUUUUUUUAUUACAAAAUCAAAUCUUUUUUUUUUUUACAGAAACAGAAACAAAAUCUUGAGAUAAUCUUAUCUCUAUAUCUUAGUAAAAAACGAAUCUUAUAAAAACAAAUCUUUCUCUAAAUACAUAUACAUAUAUAUACAUAUGUAUAGUCGAUGAAUACACACAAACUCAAACUCAAACAGUGAGAACAAAUCCUUCGCGUGCGAAAGAAAGAAAGAAAGUUUGGGGAGCACUCUGUUUUUGCUGUUUGAUAGAUUCAAAAAUGGGAGUCCCUGCUUUCUAUCGGUAUCUUGUAGGCAAAUAUCCGACGGUGGUUGUCGACUCCGUUGAGGAGGAACCGGUGGUUAUCGACGGCGUUCAUAUCCCGGUCAAUACAGCUAACAAGAACCCUAACAACAUUGAAUAUGAUAAUCUUUACCUUGAUAUGAAUGGCGUCAUUCACCCUUGUUUCCAUCCUGAGGAUAAGCCAUCACCGACCUCUUUUGAUGAAGUGUUUCAGUCCAUAUUUUCUUACAUUGACAGACUCUUUGUCAUUGUGCGCCCUAGGAAGUUACUUUUUAUGGCUAUAGAUGGUGUUGCUCCGAGGGCUAAGAUGAACCAACAACGCGCUAGGCGCUUUAGGGCUGCUAAAGAUGCAUCUGAUGCCGCUGCUGAAGAAUCGAGGUUAAGGGAUGAAUUUGAGAGGGAAGGAAGAAAGCUUCCUCCUAAACAAGAGUCACAGACAUUUGAUUCAAAUGUAAUCACACCUGGAACUGAAUUCAUGGCUGUUUUGUCAACUGCACUUCAGUACUAUAUUCAUCUUAGGUUGAAUAGUGAUCCUGGUUGGAAGAAUAUCAAGGUUAUUCUUUCUGAUGCAAAUGUUCCCGGCGAAGGGGAGCAUAAGAUAAUGUCCUUCAUUCGCCUUCAAAGAAAUCUUAAAGGAUAUGAUCCCAACACACGCCAUUGCAUGUAUGGUUUGGAUGCUGAUUUGAUUAUGUUGGCUCUGGCUACUCAUGAAAUUCAUUUUUCAAUUCUUAGAGAGGUUGUAUUUACUCCCGGACAAGACAAAUGUUUCAUGUGUGGUCAGAUGGGUCAUAUGGCUGCAGACUGUCAAGGGAAGCUAAAAAGGAAGGCAGGGGAGUUUGACGAAGGAGAUGCUACUGUGGCUAAAUUGCCUUUCCAGUUUCUGAACAUUUGGACUCUGAGGGAAUAUCUUGAAUAUGAGAUGAGGAUACCUAAUCCUCCUUUUAAGAUUGACUUUGAAUGUAUUGUGGAUGAUGUUAUCUUCAUGUGUUUUUUUGUCGGGAAUGAUUUCCUACCACACAUGCCUAUGCUAGAGAUUCGCGAUGGUGCAAUUAACUUGCUGAUGACAGUAUACAAGGAGGAAUUUAGUAAAUUCGAUGGUUAUUUGACAAAUGGCAGUAAGCCAAACCUGAGCAGGGUGGAGCAUUUUAUUCAGGCUGUUGGAUCACAUGAAGAUGAAAUAUUCCAAAAAAGAGCUCAAUUGCAUCCGCGGCAAAGGGUAAAUAUAAAGCGUCGGAAGAGACAAGCAACAGGAGAUGAUAUUGGGCCUCAAGUUCAACCUGCAAUUUCACAAUUCCAUGAGGAAAAAGAUAUUCAAGAUAACGAAGACGAAUUGAAAACAAAACUGAAGCGGAUACUUCUUGACAAAUCUGAUGUAUUCAACUCAAAAGGUGCUCAUGAAGACAAGAUUAAGUUGGGAGAACCAGGCUGGAAAGAGAGGUAUUAUGAGGAGAAAUUUUCUGCUAAAACUCCUGAAGAACUUGAUGCUAUACGGAAAGAUGUUGUCUUGAAAUACACCGAAGGUCUAUGUUGGGUGAUGCAUUAUUAUUACGAAGGUGUUUGUUCUUGGCAAUGGUUUUAUCCUUAUCAUUAUGCCCCUUUUGCGUCUGAUCUCAAGGGCCUUGGUGAGCUUAAUAUUAAUUUUGAGUUGGGUACUCCAUUCAAACCAUUUGACCAACUUAUUGGAGUUUUUCCUGCUGCAAGCUCACAUGCUCUGCCUGAACCGUAUAGGAAACUUAUGACUGAUCCAAACUCUCCAAUUAUUGAUUUUUAUCCAAUCGAUUUUGAAGUAGACAUGAAUGGAAAACGCUAUACUUGGCAGGGAAUUGCGAAGUUGCCGUUUAUUGACGAAGCGCGACUUCUUGCAGAAGUUCAGAAAAUUGAAAACUUGUUAACGCCAGAGGAAAAGCGACGAAAUACAAUAAUGUUCAACAUGAUUUUUGUGAAUUCAUGCCAUCCUCUUUCUGUGUGCAUUAGUACACUCGACAACAAAUGUAGAAACAUGUCUAACUGUGAGCGUGCUGAUGUCAAGGAAAAAAUCAAUCCCAUAGAAAGUGGUGGAAUGAAUGGUUACAUAUCCUCCUGUGAUGGAGAACCUUGCCCUCCCAUCUUCAGGUCACCUGUUGCAGGCAUGGAAGACAUCAUAGAUAAUCAUGUCAUAUGUGCAAUAUAUGGACUUCCCGAUGGUCAUGAACAUAUAAGCCGACCGCCACAUGGAGUUGAAUUUCCAAAAAGGACUUUGGCAAUUGAGGAUUUAAAACCCUCUUGCAGUAGAUAUCGAGAAAAUCGGAGGAUAAACCCUCUGGGAUCUUAUUCUUGUAGGACAUAUGAAGAAAGUCGAAGAAAAAAACCCCGGGGAUCCUGUUCUGGUCGGGAGCUUAGAGAGGCAUCACAAAGACUCAUUGUAAAUUCUUUGCAGAUCAAGACAGAUGCAUAUAAAUACCAUCAUCCCAUGAAUGGAUCAACAAUGUCAUAUGCUGCACCAAUUGGUCAUAGACAAUCAUGGCUUCACAAUAACUAUGAAUCGAUAUCACGCCCAGGGUAUGCUGCAAUGCCACUUCCUUCUUCCGCUCCUCCGCAGUUUCUACCGUACACUGCUGUCCCUACUGCGCAGUAUGUUUAUAACCAGCCAUACUCGCAACGAGUGAUGUAUACUCAUCAUCAUUAAUCAAAUUAUUUUGCAUGAAUAGGAAAUAGAUUUUGCAUGCUACAGAAUUAAGGGCACCUAUUUCACCUUUCUAGACAUAUAUACCUAGGACAUACUAUGUUUACUUGAUCAAAUGUAAUGUGUUUGCUAUGUAAUUUUGGUGUAUAUGUGUAUACUUGCAUAGUUGCAAAAAUGUACAAGGUGAAUUAUUCGUCUUGUUUAUAACAAAAUUCAGUGUUUCUAAAA